AUGGCCUGGAGAAACAAAUUAAGCUCAUCGGACACGCCGCCACCAUUCGACAACACUCCGAAUGCUCUUCUGGUCACUGCUUCUUACGAUUUAACCAUUCGUUUAUGGCAAUUAUCGACUGGAAAAUCGAUUGGAACUAUUCAACAUAAUGAGGGACAGGUGAACGCGAUGAGUCUCACAUCGACGGGACGUGAUUUGGCAGUCGGCGCGUGGCAAAGAGUCCGAAUUUAUGAUGUUUCGUCUGGAAAAGAUCCGAAAGCGACGAUUGAGUUGCCGAAGAAUGUGACGGUCGUCGGAUUCGAGGCAGCCGGUCGUUGGAUGUACACAGGAGGGGAGGACGGCGUGUGCCGUAUCUGGGAGAUGCGAAGUAAUCAACUCGUAGCGAAUCGACUUCUCUCGUUUUCUGGAAAUGGAGUGACUAGUAUGGUUCCGAAUAUCAAUCAGACAGAUCUUUUCAUCUCGACAAUGUCUGGACACGUAUGGAUUUGGGAUGUCGUCAAUCAUAUGUUCAUGAGACUUCCCAUGCCAGAUGAUCUGAAAAUUCAAGAAUAUGUGCAUAGGUUGGCAGUACAUCCGUCGGGAAAGAAGCUGACUGGAGUCACUAAUAAGGGCCGUCUGCUGUGUUGGGAUCUGAUGACUCGUCAAGUGGAAUCCCACUCAUUCGAUAUGUUCAAAUCUCCGAUUGUUCCAAUCGAACAGGACACAGCAACGUAUGGAUGUCUACGGGAUGAGGAUAAACAUCAUCGAAUCCAACACGGACACGGACUGUCUUGUCGAUAUUCUCCCGAUGGGAAAUGGAUUGUCGCCUCUGGAUCAGAGCAAGACGUCUACGUAUUCAAUUCGGAGAGUAUGGAACAAGUGGCAACUCUUCAUACUGGAUGUGGAUGGAAUUGGGAUGCAAUCUUCUCGUCCGAAGGAAGAUACAUAUUCACUGGCGGCAACGAUAAUCAAGUGAAGAUUUGGGAUGUAAUAAACAGUAAGAAAGUGGCUCAAUGGGAUGGACACGUGAAACCACUGACAGCAAUGUGUAUGAAUGGACCGUCUCCGUAG